AGCAGCAGGCGCCAUGGCAGGGCAGGCGUUUAAGAAAUUCCUUCCGCUCUUUGACCGGGUCCUGGUUGAAAGAUGUGCAGCUGAGACUGUCACCAAAGGCGGCAUCAUGCUCCCAGAGAAGUCGCAGGGGAAAGUGCUGCAGGCCACUGUGGUUGCCAUUGGGUCGGGCUCUAAGGGAAAGGAUUUUUACAAUUGGCCUGAUGAAUCUUUUGAAGAAAUGGAUAGCACCCUGGCUGUUCAACAGUAUAUCCAGCAAAACAUAAGGGCAGACUGUUCGAACAUCGACAAAAUUCUUGAACCUCCAGAAGGACAAGAUGAAGGUGUAUGGAAGUAUGAACACUUAAGGCAGUUCUGUCUUGAGCUGAAUGGCCUUGCAGUUAAACUUCAGACUGAAUGCCAUCCCGAUACCUGCACACAGAUGACGGCAACCGAACAGUGGAUUUUUCUUUGCGCAGCCCACAAAACUCCCAAAGAGUGUCCUGCCAUAGACUAUACCAGGCACACGUUGGAUGGAGCUGCUUGCCUUCUCAAUAGCAAUAAAUAUUUUCCCAGCAGAGUUAGCAUAAAGGAAUCCUCCGUAGCCAAACUAGGAUCAGUCUGCCGUAGGAUUUACAGAAUAUUUUCGCAUGCGUAUUUUCAUCACCGUCAAAUAUUUGACGAAUAUGAGAACGAAACCUUCUUGUGCCACCGGUUUACCAAAUUUGUGAUGAAAUACAACUUGAUGUCGAAGGACAACCUGAUUGUCCCCAUUUUAGAAGAGGAAGUCCAGAAUUCAGUUUCUGGUGAAAGUGAGGCAUGAUCGGUAUCGCGGACUCUAACGAACACCUGAUUAACACAAUGUACUGUAUAUAUCAUUUUAGAAACUUCAAUCAUGUAUCCUUAGAGCUCUGGUUAGUAAAUAUUUUGUAUGCUGUGUUCAUUUCCUCUUAAUAUGGGAUAUGGUUUAAGUUAUUCAUGAACUGUACAUUCUUCAUUGUGGCACUCAUGGUUUUUAAAUAAAAUUAGAAUUAUCUGUU